AUGUCGCUCCAAUCAGUGUGCCGUCCCUCCUCGAGCCUUGCUCGGCUGCCGCACGACGACGAGUUUGGGGUUGCGGGCGGCCAAGCCGGUGCAGUAGCACCCUGCAACCCCCACCCGCUGCUCGCCCGCCUGGCUUGCCAUCAUGCUGGCAAGCGAGGAGACAAGGAGAGGAGGCGCUCCAGUUGUGCCAUGGUCAAAACGGCCCUUCCUUGGGAAAGUGUUCCGGGACGCAGGGAGGUGCAUGAGAAGUCGGCCGAAUGCUGGCAGGCUGCGCUGGAACGGGCUAGGGAUUGCCUCUUGCUCCUAGUCCUUGCUCGAGGUGCGUGUGCUCUGCAGCGUGAUAUUCAUGGUCGCUACGACGGCGGCCCGAAGGCGAGCGCCUAUCGAGCACGUAUCAUCAAGGAUAAUCUGGACUGGGUUGCUAUUGGCCGGGCUUCCAGUUGUCAUACCAUGGCCUUACGAUGA